CGGCGGCCGAGGCUCUGGCGCGGGCGCGGGCAUGGAGCGCUCGCAGAGCCGCCUCAGCCUGUCCGCCUCCUUCGAGGCGCUCGCCAUCUACUUCCCGUGCAUGAACUCCUUCGAUGAUGAGGACGCAGCAGACAGCCGGAGGCUGAAGGGUGCCAUCCAGAGAAGCACAGAGACAGGGCUGGCCGUGGAGAUGCCCAGCCGGACGUUACGCCAAGCCAGCCAUGAGUCCAUCGAGGACAGCAUGAAUAGCUAUGGCUCAGAGGGCAACCUGAACUAUGGAGGAGUUUGUCUAGCUUCAGAUGCCCAGUUCAGUGACUUCCUGGGGAGCAUGGGACCAGCACAGUUUGUGGGCCGCCAGACCCUGGCUACCACACCCAUGGGGGAUGUGGAGAUCGGUUUGCAGGAGCGGAACGGUCAGCUGGAGGUGGACAUCAUCCAGGCACGCGGGCUGACUGCCAAGCCAGGCUCGAAGACACUGCCAGCUGCCUAUAUCAAGGCCUAUCUGCUGGAAAAUGGUGUCUGCAUUGCCAAGAAGAAGACCAAAGUGGCCCGCAAGUCACUGGACCCGUUGUACAACCAGGUGCUUCUGUUUCCUGAGAGUCCCCAGGGCAAAGUCCUGCAGGUAAUUGUAUGGGGAAACUACGGACGAAUGGAGCGGAAGCAGUUCAUGGGCGUGGCUCGAGUGCUGCUGGAGGAACUGGACUUGACCACCCUGGCCGUGGGUUGGUACAAGCUCUUCCCCACCUCCUCCAUGGUGGACCCAGCCACAGGUCCCCUGCUUCGGCAGGCAUCCCAGCUGUCCCUCGAGAGCACCGUGGGGCCCUGUGGCGAGCGAUCUUAAUGCCAGGGAUGGGGAGGGGCUCCCCGAGAUGGCCUGGAGACCACCCAGCCCUGACCUGGGACCCCAGGCCCAGGGGCACAUUGGACAUUGGAGGAUGGGGUUCUUCCCCACAGUGGGGAAGCAGAAUGGGGAGACCUGCCCCCCAUGGGCCCCUCCUCACUCCUUCACCUCCUACCCCUGAGACCUUCCCUUUCCCAGUGGGUUGGCUACACUUUUGACUUGGCCGGUUUUGACCUGGUGGAUGCGGCUACAAUCGGAGAAAGACUGAAGUGGCAGAGCAAACCACUCUUCCGCCCUACCCUACCCCACCCCCACCCAUCCCCCCUUUGCCUCCUUGGAAGCUCGCUGCCCAGAGCCAAGUCCAGAACCAAGCCGGCCAUCUCCAUGGUGCCAAUUACCAGCAAGUGUCUUUCCUGCGGCACCGGGUUCCGGCAGCUACUCCUGCCCCAGAGCUGACGGGGCAGUUUGCAAGGAUCCGGAGCCAGCUCCCAAAGGGGGUGCCCAGAGCUCCCCACUUGAAGGGGAGCGUGGGUCUCCCUCUGCCUGCCCGUGGAAGGAGCUUUGCCGCAGCCUGUCUGAGUCCAUCCAUCCAUCCCCUCCUGCCUGUCCCUCUGCUGUAAGCUCUAGGAAUUGGGGGCCAGCAGAGACCAAAGGAAAGGAGGAGGUACCCGAGGCUUGGCAGGAUCCCCAAGGGUCCUUGCUCCAUGGGAUUGCAACAAGCUGGUCUGGAGCUCUUGGUGGACUGGAAAGGACAUUGUCAUCUGUGAUAUGGUGGAGGU